AUGUCUGAAUCGAAAACAAAGAAACCCAGAGUCAGAUUCCAAGUUGUCCACUACUACUUAAUCCCAAUUGUUGCAUUAGUCGUUUGGUGGGGCAUGUUGAUUGCUUUGCUCAUAUGUUGGGGUGUACAAGGAAGACCUAUUUACUCGUUCAUGAAUGGAGAAUAUCAGAACCCAGUUUACUUAUCAGAUAUCGGUGCCACGAAUCUCCAACCGCUUUUUAUAAGUUGUGCUGGCUUUCAAGCCAUCUUCUUUGUUGGCACUUUGAUAUCUGGCUAUUUCCUCAGAAAGACCAACAGAAUACAACCCUACAUUAGCUAUCACCAACCAAGAUUGGCCAUUGCAAGCAUUAUUCUUGCCAUCAUCGGGCAACUUGGAAUCAUAUUUGUCUCCAUCUUCAAUACAAAAAACUUCCACGGUGUGCAUCUUAGUAUGGUGGGAAUCUUUAUAGCAUUUGUCUUUUUCUCAUGUUGUUGUGACUUUGGUGUUAGUUUUAUAUUUGGAACCCGUCCAAGCUUGUUGGAUCCAGUUCACAAUACUGUUAUAUUUGGGAAGGGAAGGUUAUCCAAUUUGUACUUUUUGAGUUUCAGUUCAAAGAUAAUCUGGUUGGUGGUUGCAAUUGUUCUAGCUGCUUGUUUUGGUGCUUUCAUGUACAAUGACAAUGACCUGGCCUCGGCACGAUUCGAGUGGUGCAUUUGCUUUUGGUAUGGUC